AAUAUAAUUAGAUCAAUAAUGAGCCCUGCAAGUUUUUUUUUUUUUUUUACAACACAGGGGGCAAACGAACAUGAGGCUCACCUGAUGGUAAAUGACUACCGCUGCCCAUGGUCGCCCACAACACCAACGACAUUGCAGGUGUGCUGCCGGCCUUUUAAAAAGGAAUAUGCUCUUUUCUUGAAAGUUAUGUUGUCGUAUCGGUUCGGAAAUACUGCUGCUGGAAGUUGAUUCCAAAGAGUGGUUGUGCGUGGGAGAAAGUGCCUUGAAAAACGCACGGUAUAGUUGUUAUAGUGACUGGCGCUGCUUCCGGCAUUGGAGCUGCUACUGCAGUGCUGUUUACUAAAGAACGUGCCCAUGUAGUAAUGGUGGACAAGAAUGAGAGCAAGUUAAACAAUGUCGCCGAGCAGUGCGCCAAUAGUAACACGCCUCUCGUGAUCAAUGCAGACGUUAGUAACGAUGACGAUAUCAAGAGAAUUAUCACUGAAACUAUUGACAAAUUUGACAAAAUAGAUAUUUUGGUUAAUAACGCUGGUACUAGUGUUCAAGGUGAUAUAUUAAGUGGAAAGAUAUUGAAAGCGUACGACGAAACAAUGGCAGUGAACAUACGUGCAGUGGUUAAUCUUACCGCUUUAGCUGCACCUCACCUUGUUAAAACUAAAGGCAAUAUUGUAAAUAUAUCUAGUAUAGCAGGGAAGACUAUUUCCAUGGUAGGGUAUGCAGCUUAUAAUACUUCUAAAGCCGCAUUAGAUCAUUUCACUCGUGGUGCUGCCCGGAGUUGGCAGCUUCAGGUGUAAGAGUGAAUAGCAUCAGUCCAGGGCCAGUGCGAACGAAUAUUAUAGAGAAUACAGGUGUAUCAAAUAUGUCCUGGGAUAAUUUA